CUCUCAGCUCCUAUCCAUCCUCUGCACCAUCACGAAGUGAAACUGCUGGUUCUCUGUGAUCUGUGUGUGUGAUCUGCUUUCUGAUUCUGCACCAUGUGAGUGCUGUCAGCAGAGCUUUAUUCAUGGCAUCUUUCUAAACGACUACUUCACCCUGAUCGGACCGAUCGUAACGUUAAUACCGUUCAAGAUGCUGCAGAUCGGAGAUGAGGUGGUGUAUUUCUCAGCGUUGUUUCUGCUUGUGGUGUUGGGGACACGGAGCGCCACGGGGGCCUCUCUCCUCACCGCUUUCCUCUACGUCUUCAUGGUAAUGUUCCGGUUUCCUUCGGUGCCAGUGGAGCAGGCCGGCCGCGUCCUCCGGCCCAGGGCUCCAUCAGGCGGCGUCUCGGUGGUGGCGCACCGCGGAGGCAGCCACGACGCUCCGGAGAACACCUUGGCUGCGAUCAGAGAGGCCAGUAGGAACGGGGCAACUGGUGUGGAGCUGGACCUGGGUUUCACAGCCGAUGGAGUGCCUGUACUGAUGCAUGAUGAGACGGUGGACCGCACCACCAACGGCACUGGACCAAUUAGCAAACUGCAGUUGGUCCAACUUAAGAGACUAGAUGCUGCUGCUCGUCACAGGCUGAAGGACAAGUUCAGUGAAGAGAAGGUCCCAACUCUGCAGGAAGCAGUGGAGGAAUGCCUCAGACACCAGCUCACCAUCUUCUUUGAUGUCAAAGAUCAACCUGAUAAGGCUGCAUCAGUGCUUCAUGAGAUGUAUAAGCAGUUCCCUGUCCUUUACAAUUCCAGCAUUGUUUCUUCAUUUGAACCCAAAGUAAUCUACAAGAUGCGUCAGACUGACCCCAACGUGGUCACGGCUCUCAUACACCGCCCCUGGAGACUGAGCCGCUUCGGAGACGGCACUCCACGGUCCCUGUCGACAUCGGGUCAGCUGUGGUUGGGGGUUCUGGAUGUCUUGUUGGACUGGGCCCACCACCACAUACUGUGGAAACUCUGUGGUGUCUCUGCCAUCUUCGUGCAGAAAGACUUCAUCUCACUGGACUACGUUCAGUACUGGGCAGAGCGAGGCGUGGAGGUGGUGGGCUGGACUGUCAACACUGCCGCGGAGAAAGACUACUACCAGAACAUGCUGAAGAUUGGCUACAUCACUGACAGUCUGCUGGAAGAUUGUGAACCUCAUUACUGAAGGAUCACACACACACACACACACACACACACACACACACACACACACACACACACACACACACACACACACACACACACAGGGAUGAUUAAGAUCUUAAGUGUUUCUAACUUGUAAAAGAUAACAUUGUGCAGCUUCUUAAUGACCAAAUUAGAAAUUGGAAACGCCUUAGUUAGACUAAAGACUACAUAAUUACCAUAAUGACUACAUUUCCCAGUUUAUUCUCCUUUUAAAAGAACAUAAAAUACUGAAAUAUGUGAAGGGAUGUUAAUUAUAUGGUGGAAAGAAGCUAGAAAUCUGGUGCUAACUAGGUUAGAGUGGCAAUCGAACAAUCCGUGGUUUAUAGAUUUACAUAGAUUUGAUGUAGAGGUAAGAAAACAUCAUUACCUGUAGCUGGCAUACAGGUAGUUUCCCUUUAAAUCUACAGACACAUUAAACCAUUAAGACUCAGCUGUAUACUACCUUGUCUUUAUCGUACGACCAGCCGAAAUACCUCUAACUCUCCUGGACCAGGGAUUAGGAUUAGGCUACUUUAAAGAUCUUUUCUACCUUCUGUGCUGAUCUUUCAGAGGCUUUAAAGAGACAUCAGUGUACAUAGUUGUAGAUAUAUUGGCAUUAUAUCAAAGCCUGCUCUCGUGAUAUGUAUUUAAUAAUGAACUCUAGAAUAUCUCUUGUUAAUAUUCUGACAUGAUGAUACUUGAUUGUUUGAUUUUUCAGAAACUUUUAUCAUUAAGUGCCACAGCUGCACAAAUACACAAGAAACAUUGAAUUAAAAUAGUGUCUGAUUGUAUUCUCUCGAAAGACUUCAUCCUUGAGUGAAAGUAAAUGCGCCAUUGAAUCCUGACACACCCGUGGUGGGUGAGUGUAGGUAUCAAGGCAGAGAUGAGUCCACAUAAACGCCAAAAUAUUUGUAUGAUGUAAAGUCUUAAAGACCCUCCAUUAUGAAUCAUAAGAGAAGGAAAACUCCUUUUUGUGAUCAUGGAGAAAUACUUAUUAAGAGCAGUUGUGCUCAAAAUGUCACCUCGGUGCAAUAAAUAAGUGAACGUUGGAGCCCUGCAGUGUACGAGCUAUUUAUUUGUAUAAAAAUAUUUUAACAUUUAUAUAGUUUUGCCUGAAAAUAGUCUCAUUUAUAGAUAUGGACUGUAAAUAAUAUCAGAAUCUUAGGGAUUAUUUUUAGUUCAAAGGCUAACAACAUCAUUUUAGUGACUUGUUAAAAAACACUUGUUUCUCAGAGAUUUAUUCCUGUAGUGUUGAGAAUGUCUUAUAUUCUAUUCAGAGAUUAAUCAUCAUAGGGUCGCUAAGUCACUAGUUGAAAUAAAUCUUUAGAAUGUAUAUCCAGUUUGCAAAACUAAUUGAAGUCAAUAAUGCAUUUUUAAAUAAAGAUCCUAAAUUAUUAUCCGUAUGUAAGACUUUUCUUUUUGUUCAGUUGUGUGAAUGGCCUUUGAACCCAUCUUUUAGUUUGACUUCCUCUCAGUCAGUAUAAAGUAAAGCUUGGUUGCAUUGUAAACAUGGUUGUGUGUACUGUAUGUGAUUGCAUUGUGCACCUGAGCUCACCUGUGUGUACUGUAAACACACGGCCGUUGAGCAGAUGGGGUCCACGUGGAGCACUAAAAUGAAUAAAUUGUCAUUCUACAAGUUGAA